CCGCGUCUGGACAUGUUCAGUGACUCCGCCGGGAAUCCCCUCCCCCCCGCCUUUCCAGAACGGCCGGUCAGUCAGCAAGCGCGGCGUGAGCUGUCAGUUCGGGCCCGAUGUCACCAAAAGCUUCCUGGAGCGGAACCAGCUCGAUUACAUCAUCCGGAGCCAUGAGGUCAAGCCCGAGGGCUACGAGGUGACGCACGAGGGCAAGUGCAUCACCGUCUUCUCGGCACCCAACUACUGCGACCAGAUGGGGAAUAAAGGUUCAUACAUCCACCUGCGGGGGUCGGACCUGCACCCCGAAUUCCACCAGUUCACAGCCGUG